AUGUCCUUUCCACCUGAGGAGAGUAUUAUUGCAACAAGGCAAAGAAGAAGCAAUGCUGGCUCAAGACUUCGGGCUUUAAUCCAAACCGAAGAGUUUUUAAAUGAGAAUGAUGACGAUGAAAACGUAAAUUUAUUAUUUCAGGAAGACGAAGAGGAUGAAGACUUUGAUUUGUCUGAUUCUUCUGAUAAAUCAAAUGGAGACGAGAGCAAUUCUAUUGAUGAGGUUAAAGCAUUUGUUUCUAGGCACUCUAAAAAACGUUCUCGCGAGGCUGAAAAUUCUGAUGUUCAAGAUGAUUACUUUUCCGAUUCCGGUUCAGAUGAAGUAGAUGAAGAUGAAAACGCUGGUGAAAAGGAACUAGAAAGACAGGAAAAAAUUCGCAAAAGAAAAUUAAGAAAGAAAAAUCAAAUACCGAAGAUAAUAAAGAGAAAUGUACCAAAAAUAGACAUACAAAGCGCCAAAACAAUUCAAAAUCAAUUCAAACUUUCAGAUGCCUUACUAUCUUCAGACCGUAGAUCAUCCACCAGAAAACAAUCUGUACAAAAUAAGCUAGAAUUGUUGAAUAGAAUAAAGGAGUCCGAAGUUCGUCGUGAAAAAAUAUUAAAGGCCAAUGCACUACUUCCCAAAAAGAAAGUGCACAUAUUAACUCAAGACGAGCUAUUGCUUGAGGCUCAGGAAACAGAAAAACAAAACAUUUUAUCUUUGAAUAGGCUUAAAGAACAGGAAUAUUUUAAAAAACAAAAAAGAAUACAAAUGCAACAAGCUAAAAGGAAAAUUCUAAAAAAUGUUAUUACAUUCAAAAGCACUCAAUAUUUUUACACUCCAAAUGACGAAGUAGAAGAAUUUAAUAAACUUGAAAAGAUAAGAAAAAAAAAAGAGCGUAGAGGAAAAAAAAGUGACAAAAGCAAGAUUGAAGACAAGGAUAAGGUCAAAUUUCAACAAUUGUAUACAAAAACACAAGAGAAAGACAAGCCAACUGAAAACGGAAUAAUUGUGGAAAAAAGCAAUCUGAAGAUUAAACAAAAUAACCUUCAAGUUUGUGGAACACCGCAAAAUGAAGUUUCAAAUAAAAAUUCUUCUAUAAACACAAAUAUAACCAAACAAGAAACUAAUUUAGAAAAUAAUGCAAACAUACAAAACAAAAUUGUUGAAGAAAAGCCUUCAAAACUCAAAGAUCUUGAAAAUGAGGAAAAUAAAAAGGAAGGAAAUGAAGUAAUAACUGUUUCUCAAAAAAUCAAUGACGACGACCCACAAAAAAAUAAAGAGAAGGUCAUAGAUAUGAUUUGCAAAGAGAAUAUUGAAAAGAAGGAACCAAUUGACAUUAGUUCAAUUGAAAAUAAUAAUAAAAGCAAUUUAGAUAUUCUGAAAGUUGAAAAUGCUAAAAAAGCCCUUGAAGGCAUCGAAUCUACAGAUAAAAGUAAAUUAGAACGGAAUGCCAGAGAGAAAGUAAAAAAAGUUUAUUCUAAAGGUCAAAAUUUAGAGAAAUCAGUAAAAGUAAAUAGCUUUGAAAUGAGCAGGACUGAAGAUUCAACAGAUAAGGAAAAGCUGACUUUGAAAAAUGUUUCAAAUGAUGAAAUGGAUUUGAAAAAUUCAAUUCUUAUUUCACACACAAAACUUCAAACAAUUCCAGAAAAUAGUAUGAAUGAAAAAGAUAUGUCACAGAAAAAAUCUGAUAAACAGGAAAAUGAAAUUUCUUUGAAAAGCAAAGAUCUAAAUCAUGAAAAUAGUAGUAAUAAUAAAAGGUUUAAUGAUCCCUUAGCUUCUGUAGCUGAUGAAGGUGAUGAGCAAGUAGAUACAAAAUUGAAAAAAGUCACUUUUGCGGAUGUUGAUAAUGUUAAAGAUUUUAAAGAAAGCUCAUUAAUACUGGUUGACUUUCUGAAAACCUCUUCUCCAUUGACAGAAAAUAAAGAUGAGAAACUUGUCUAUGAAGGUCCUUCAUUUAAAACUAUAAGAAAUUUUGUACUUUUUUCGAAUUUUGAUGAUGUUUCGGUUUAUUCAAAACAGGCAAAAAUACAUGAAAUCAUGUUUAACCUCAAUAUAAAUUCAAGCAGGAGGCAAUUUGACCCAAAAAACUUGCAAACUAUUAUUCACAUCAAAAAUGAUUUUGUUAAGACAAUUCAUCAUGCUCCUUUUGAAGAAUUAAAGGCUCAAGAAUUGGAAAUACUUGAAGCAUUGCCAAGGUUUGGUGGUGAUGACGAGCAAUCUAACAAAAAAGUUAAGAAGAAAAAUCAAAACCCCGAUUUGGAAAAGAAGGUUGAAAUUACAACCAAAGCUCCUACUGGUAUUUACUUUUCAAAUGGUAAAAAGAAAAUCUGUCAGAUCUCAGGGGAAGAGGCAUUGUAUUUUGAGCCAAAAUCAGGAAUUCCCUAUGGGAGCGUUGAGGCAUACAAGUUUUUAGAGUUGAUUCAAAGUGGCGAGAUUUAUUGGAGUGGCAUGGGAGUGGAGGAAAGAAAUAUUGGUGUUUAUAUUUGUUCAGAUAGCUGUUUGGCUCCAGCAAAAGGAGUUCCAAAAGAGUUCUAUGACUAA